GGGCCGGUGGGAGUGUGAGGAGCCUCUAAGUUUAGUGUCCAAACACACGGACGGACCUCAGAGCCGCUUGAGACGGAGCCCGACGGCCGCAGAAACUCUGACGGACGCUGAUAGAGAUCACAGAGACACAUAAAGACUGAGCGGGAUGAUGGCGUCGUCUGGUGAGGAGCAGCAGGUUCCUGAUGAAGCGGCGCGUGUUAAAGACGUUCAGUCGCAUUACUUGCGCUGUCCUUCUCCCAGCUUCUCCAUGACGUCCGAUCGCUUCUCCUCCGUGUCGGACCGCUUCUCCACGAUCUCCGGCUCUGACGCCGAGAGCAUCUUCAUGGAGCCGAUCCAUCUGUCCUCCUCCAUCGCUGCCAAGAAGAUCAUCAGUGAAGAGCUGAGGUCCAGAGAGGUGCGGACGCCGCUGACCCCUGACAGCAUGCUGGAGUCGGCCGAGCAGCUGAUGGUGGAGGAUCUGUACAACAGAGUGAAGGACAUGAUCGACGACCGCAGCCCCUACAACACGCCCUGUGUGCUGGACAUCCAGAGAGCGCUGAUCCAGGACCGACUGGAGGCGCCCUUCAACCCCGUCGACGAGGUCUGGCCCAACGUCUACAUCGCAGAGAAGUCGGUGGCGGUGAAUAAAGGCCGUCUCAAACGCCUGGGCAUCACUCAUGUGCUCAACACCGCUCACGGCACCGGCGUCUACACCGGCCAGGGGUUUUACCAGGGCAUGGACAUCACCUAUAUGGGCAUCGAGGUGGAUGACUUCCCAGACGCAGACAUCUCUCCUCACUUCCGCUCGUGCGCUGAGUUUAUGGACGAUGCUUUGCUGACACACCGAGGCAAGGUGCUUGUGGACUCAAUGAUGGGUGUGAGCCGGUCAGCGGUGCUUGUCGCUGCUUAUCUCAUGAUCUUCCAGAACAUGAGCAUCAUGGAGGCCCUGCUGGAGAUCAGGAAGAAACGUGCCAUCAACCCCAACGAAGGGUUUAUAAAGCAGCUGCGCCAACUCAACGAGACUCUCAUGGAGGAACGAGACGAUGACGACACCCUCAGCCAGUGCUCCGUGAUCGACACCCGCGCUCGUCUUGACGAGGAGGAGAGCAUGUUUGGAGUUAAAGCCGAAUCCAUCAUGGUGGACGAGGAGGAAGAUAGCGGCAGCAUCAUGAGCAGUGUCGCGUCUUCUGCCGCCGCCGCGGCUCUCAAAGCUGGACUUCUUGGUGGCCUGAGCAAACCCGACCUGGAGGUGACCGCUGAGCACCCGGCGCUCCCUGGAAAAGACAGGGAAGAUGAAGAUGGGGAUGUGGACAGCAUGAUAAGGGAGUGGCAGAAGCGCAACGAGAAGUACCAGAAUGAGGACUGGUGGGAGGCACAGCUGAUGUGCGACGGGGAGGAUAGCGAGUCCUUGCUGGGCGACGGAAAACCGCCGGCCGUGCGACCCGAGGACCUGGAGAGCGUGACCAGUGAAGAUGUGCGAAUGGUGAAGGAACACAUCAGGCGUCGUCGUCGACCCGCUUCGGAUGCAGGGUCCACGACGAGCCACAGCAGCUUUUCUGAUCUCUGGAAGCAGCGUCUGAAGGAGAUCGAGGAGCAGGCCGCGGCACGAUACCGACUCAAAGAGGCCGACGAGGAGAGCGAAGCAAGCCAGAAAAGAAUCAAUGACGAUGUCGAGAGCAUCCUCUCGGACAGCAGCUCCAUGUACAACUUCUGCAAGAAGAACAAGGAGAACCUAACACCUCUGGAACGAUGGAAGGUUAAGCGAAUUCAGUUCGGAUGGAACAAAAAAGAUGGCGAGCAAGUGGAGGCCAAGCCGGAAGCUCCCACUCCCUCGCUGGAGGACGUCAACUUGACGGCUUAUCAGACCUGGAAACUCAAGCAGCAGAAGAAACAUGGCGGCGAAGAAGACAAGGACGAAAUUCUGGAGAUGAGUCGAGCCGAGGACCCGGCCACGAUCAAGAAAAGACAGCGACGCGAGGAGCUUCUGGAGCGCACGAGGAAGACGCUGGAGGAGAGCCAGUCGGUGUGCGGCUGGGAAACUGAAAGCGCUCUGAGCGGAAGCAUCCCGCUGUCCGCUUUCUGUGCUGGAGCCUUUCCGUCUGCAAGCGAUUCCACUGGAGACGAUAACGUGUCUGUGCUCAGCGGAAGGUCUUCUGUCCUUUCAGCUCAUAGCACCCGAUCCCAGCCUCCAGUUCCUCAGGAGCCUCCGGCUGCAGUCGUCGGCCCUAACGGCGAGCCCAUGGUAAACAUCGCCAACAUCCAGAACUGGAUUGCCAAUGUGGUCAAUGAGACUCUCAUGCAGAAGCAAGCCGAGAUGACGAUGGGAGGGAGUCUCGCACCUUCCAGAGCGGGAUCGGUGUUCAGUCUGGGUGUCGGACGCAGAGGAGACGAUGACAAAGCCUCAAUGCUGAGUGGAUCCACAUCCUCGUCCCGAAGCAGGGCAGAAUCCGUGCUGUCUUUGGGUGGAAAGACUCGAUCCGUGCUCUCAGCUGGCGGCCGGGCCGAGUCCGUGCUUUCUGCUGGAGGAGCGUCCAACCUCUCCUCGGUGUCCCGGAGGAGCAAGAUUACUACGACCAGUGUGCCGCUCUACAGCCUCUUCCAAGACCAGGUGAACCUUCACAAACUGGACACCAUGGAGAAAGAAAUCAAGUCUGACAUGCGGGACAAGAUGGCGUCCUAUGAGGUGAAGAAGAUCACAGAGGACAACAAGCGCAGUACGUUAUACAAGAAGAAGAAACCAAAGGAGGAGGACGACGACGACGAAGUAAAUCAUGGAAAAUCGAACGGAUUUGAUGAUUUGGCAACACGAUCCUCUGAGAAGCCCAAACCUAAAAGAGAUUACGGCCGUUCCGGAAUACUGAACCUGCCAGCCUCAGCCAGUAAUUCCACCAGCAGCAUCGAUGAAUGGCUCGAAAAUGUAAGACCUCCUCAGAGCAAACCUACGCCUUCCAGUGGAGACGGCGAGCCACCCCGUAUGACUCGGCCGCUGUACGAGGAACCUUCGGAGCUUGACUUCCCGAGCCGCAGGAGCUCAAUUUCUGUCAAUGACGACAAAGAGGAGGAAUAUAGCUUCGCUUCAAGGUUUGCAUCCAGGCAUCGGGCUGAUGAUGAUGACAUAGAUUUGGCUCGAGAUCCCAGUCCGGAGUUUACCUAUCGAUCCCAGAGGUCCCCACCCGGCUUAGAUGAAGAUACUAGUUACAGAACCAGGAGAUCGUGUGCUAGCUAUGAGACUGUGAGGACUGCUAAGACGGCACAGGAAGAUGAGGAAGAUGAGGAAAUAUCUGCUUUCAUUGCUCAGAUUAAACAGAGGGCGAGAGCACGGGUGGCGGAGGAGAUGGAGGAUGAUGAAGUUCUUUCCGCGUGGAAGAAACAGGAGGAGUCAAAGUCACACAUCUACAGUAAAAACUAAUACAAACAUGACUGUUUAUGCCAAAAAAAAUGAAAGAUGUCAUUAUCUAUUGUAGAUGUAGAAUAUCAUAGCAGUGAUGAUUCAUUGUUUCAUAUGUGUGAUCCGAUAUAAAUCAUUCAUAAAGACAAAGGUGUUCAGUACGAGACUCUUAGAGCUUGUUUGAUAUGGAGCUCCAGUCGAUACUGCAUAUAAACAAACAGAAGAUAACAUCGCUGGAUUCAUUAUAAAGUCAAACUGUUACAAAAGUCUCUUGUGUUCAGGCUUUAUGACAGAGGAGAACCACACAAAUCUUCCUGGAACAUGGAGAGUAAUGUUAUGUGCAAAUUUAUAUCAGCAAAUCUAAAAACAAACAAACAAAAAAGCAUAUUUAGCAGCCCUGGAGUCAUUAAAUGAAAUGGUCCAAAAAAAAACAAAAAAAACAAAAAAAUAUAUAUAUGUGUGUAUAUAUAUAUAUAUAAAUGCACACACACAUACACUAUAAUGCCAAAAGUAUUGGGUCACCCCCUUCUAACGAACAGGUUUGACUACUUUAGUAAUUUCCAUGAGUACAAAUCUUACUGUUUAAGCAUAUAAUGAUAUUGUGUGCUUCUAAUUUUAUAGCAACAGUUUGGACAGGACUCUUUUCUAUUCUAACAUGACGAUGCCUCUGUGUAUAAGGCAAGGUUCAAAAAUAAAUGAUUGAUUGAGUCAGUGUGGAAGAACUUGACCGGUCUGCAGAAACCUCUGCUGUGACUUUAAAUGCAGACCUUGAGCCAAAAACUCAUCACCAAACACCAGUGACUUUACAGUCAUUUUAGACACUUCCAAACGGUUGUAACAGAGAUGGAAAUACAAUUUUUAAAUACAUGAAUUAUGUUUCCAUUUUUGUUGCCACAGUUUUGGAAGGGCCUUUUUCUGUUCUAAAGAAGGGGGUGCCAAUACUUUUGUCAAUAUAGUGUAUAUAUAUAUAUAUAUAUAUAUAUAUAUAUAAUUUGUUGCAUUUAUAUAGCGCUUUACAUUGUGAGGGGGGUCUCCUCAUCCACCACCAUAUAUAUAUAUAUAUAUAUAUAUAAAGGAUCAUCUCAUUAUAUAUACUGCCGUUCAAAAGUUUGGGAUCAGUAAGAUUUUUAAAGUUUUUUUAAAGAAGUUACUUGACAAGCAUUAGAAAUUUGAUCAAAAAUACAGAAAAAAAACCCUUUAAUUUUGUGAAAUAUUAUUGCAAUUUAAAAUAACAGUUUUCUAUUUUAAUAUACUUUAAAAUAUAAUUUAUUUCUGUGAUGCGCAGCUGUAUUUUCAGCAUCAUUACUGCAGUCUUCAGCGUCACAUGAUCUUCAGAAAUCAUCCUAAUAUGCUGAUUUAUUAUCAAUGUUGGAAACAGUUGUGCUGCUUAAUCAUGUUUGGGACCUGUGAUACUUUUUUUCAGGAUUCUUUGAUAAAUAAAAAGUUAAAAGAACAGUGUUUAUUCAAAAUAGACAUUUUGUGUUACAAUAUACACUACUGUUCAAAAGUUUGGGGUCGGUACAUUUUUUUCAUUCUUUUUUUAAAAGAAAUUAAUACUUUUGUUCAGCAAGGAUGUGUUAAAUGAUAAAAGCAAUAGUAAAGACUUAGGCUAUAUUGUUAGUAAAGAUUUCUAUUUUAAAUAAAUGCUGUUCUCUUUAACUUUUUAUUCAUCAAA